CCUGAGUGCUGCCAGAUGCCGUUACCAUAUGAAAUUAAGCAUGGCAGAAGAAGAGGAUUAUAUGUCUGAUUCCUUCAUUAAUGUCCAAGAUGAUAUCAGACCACGAUUGCCAACGCUGAGGCAAACCCGAGAAGCCCGUCGAGAAGAAGAAAAACAACAGGAAGCUGAUUUGAAAAAUAGGCAGAAGAGUUUAAAAGAGGAAGAACAAGAACAACGUGACAUUGGAUUGAAGAGUGCACUUGACUGUGAAAACAAAGGGUUUGUUCUCCAAAAGAUGAGAUUUAAAAACGGUCAGGCUCUCAGCAAGAGCGGACAUGGUAUUGUUGAACCGAUUCCUCUCAGUGUCAAAGUGGGAAAGUCUGGCCCCUGUCAUGAGACAUUAUUAAAACGGAAAGCAGAGGGAAAAUUAGAAAGCUAUAGGAGAAAGAUUCACAUGAAAAACCAAGCUGAAGAGAAAGCUGCAGAGCAGUUUCGAAUGCGACUUAAAAAUAAGCAAGAUGAAAUGAAGCUAGCAAGAGAUCUUAAAAGAAGCCAGCGAGCCUGUCAACAGUUAGAUGCCCAGAAGAGUAUUCAGGAUCCCAAGGAGGCAUGGCACUGGUUGGAACUUGAAGAGGAGACUGAACAAGAGGACGAGGAAGAAAAAGAACAGGACGAGGAUGAAUAUAACAGCAAAGAUUUAAGUGUACCGGAAAAAUUACAAAUAUUGGCUAGUUAUUUAAGAGAAGAACAUCUGUGUUGUGUUUGGUGUGGAACAGCAUAUGAAGAUAAAGAAGACCCAUCUUUGAAUUGCCCGGGACCAACUUCUGCAGAUCAUGACUGA